AUGUCCUCGCCGCCACCGGAGCCGUGUUCUGGUUUCGGAACACCAAACUUCCCCUUUCAGGCCAACUCGCAAGGGACAAGUGGUGAGUCCAGGAUGCCAGGUUAUCAUUUCUUCAAGCAGGCUACCGGUGAAUUUGGCAAGGGCCAAUUUGGAAAAGUUUACAAGGCAUAUCUUCCAACCGGGGAAGUGAUCGCCGUGAAGCUGCUCCAUCAGAUGUCAAAGUUUGAUGACGAGCAAUUCUCACAUCAUUGUACACAACUUAUGAGCACCAACCAUAAGAAUCUUGUGAGACUAUUGGGCUAUUCCUACGGAGAACAUGAAGAAUCACAUCUGUACGAUGGGAGAGUAAUACGCGGUGUAUACAAACGCAGGUUAAUCGGCUUCGAGUAUGUACCCGGCGGAAGUCUUGCCAAUUUUCUUUCAGAACAACAUCUCGGAUGGAGUAUACGCUUCAAAAUAAUAAAGGAGAUCUGUGAGGGUUUACAAUACCUUCAGGAAGCUGGCAUUGUGCACUUUAAUCUCAACCCAGGUAAUAUAUUGCUAGACAAUGGAAAGAUACCAAAAAUCACAGAGUUUGGUUUAUAUGAGAUGUUCAAGGCAGUAAACGACGGAGCCACAGUUACUCGAGGGUGUACUUACAGAUUGAGAUAUAUGGCACCAGAAAUAUAUUGCUAUGGAAAAAUGUCAGAACGGUCUGACAUCUUUAGCUUGGGCGCUCUAAUUAAAAGUAUAAUGGCUGGAACUACAGACUCGAGCAUUCAUCACAUGGAUGGUCCUAAAUGUGUUGAGCAUGUACACAAAAGCUGGAGGAAAAGGCUACAAGAGAUAAGGAGGUAUCGCUCAUUUGAAGCAGAUUGCCAGCAAGUGAGCACUUGUAUCGGAAUCGCAGUAGCCUGCAUGCACAGAGACCCAGGUGAAAGGCCACUGAUGAAGGAUAUUGUUCGUAAACUAUAUGAAGUAGAAACUAGGGAAGAUUACCUGUCGUCGCGGGUAGAACAGGCUGUUCAUGAUUAUGAAGUCAGGAGAAUAUCAUUCCAAGAGAUGGAACACGUCACGAGUAAUUUCUCUCAAAAACUUGGUCAUGAUGGCUUAGGUGCUGUUUAUAAGCAGUUGAGCAGGGAAAGCUUGAAGAUGGGGAAGUGA